AGUACGAGUCAGUGCUUUGGUUUGAGUGAAUCCAUGAUGUCUGCGCCCUGAUGUUUGCGGCGUGAAGAUAUAAAUUAAGUGACAGUGCAUGGAUUCUCUGUUGACUCUCCAGACAAAGCAAAAUGUCAAAGAUUUCAAAAGCAGCCAAGGCAGCGAAGAAAGUAGAUAUAGGCGGACUAAUCCGGACCACAAUAAGGUCAGGACAAGCAGUCGCUGGACCCCCACUCGGCCCAGUCCUUGGACAGAAAGGAAUCCCCAUUGGACAGUUCUGCAAGGAUUUCAAUGAGAGAACAAAGGAAAUGAAGGAAGGCAUCCCUCUCCCAGUCAAGAUCCACGUAAAGCCUGACAGAAGCUAUGACUUGAAGAUUGGUCAUCCCACCGUGUCUUACUUCCUCAAGCAGGCGGCAGGCAUUGAAAAAGGUGCUGCAAUGACAGGCCGUGAGGUAGCAGGGAUGGUUUCUGUAAGAGCUGUGUAUGAAAUCGCACAGGUGAAAGCUCAGGAUGACUGCUUCAAAUUGAGGAAUGUCUCCCUCGAGAAUGUUGUCAAAAGCAUCAUUGGCUCCGCCCGUACUCUGGGUAUUAAGGUCGUCCACGACCUCUCAGCUGAUGAGUACAAAGUCUUCUUGGAGCAGCGAGAGGAGAAACUGAAAGCGGACGCAGAGGCAGCGGCGGCGGCAGCUGCUGCUGAAGCGUCAGUGAAAAAGAAAUAACUGCAGCGUUCCAUCACCCA